AGCUGGGGUCAGAGGUCACUGGGUUACUACCAGUGAGUGUCUUGGUGUUUUCUAGCAUUCCGACUUCUUUAAUUUACUUUUUAAAUUUAUUUUUCUCCGUUUCUUCAUGUUUUAGUCGUCUCCUGUUCGAACAUGAUGCGAUGUUUUUAUUUCUGUGUCUGUGUUAAAACAUGUUUAUGUCUGCUUUUGUGUUCGUUCGAUUGUGUGGGCUAGUUGGGUAAUCUCUGUGGUUUUAGCAGAGCGCCCCCCCACUGAGAACCAAUCGGCUUACCGCUUAUUAAGUGGAUCAGACAGGAGGGGGCACCGGCCUCAAGGAGGGCUUAUACAUUUAAAGACAGGAGCGCCACAGUAGAGGCCAAGAUUAGUGGAUGAGCAUAAUGACCGCUAAUUACUCACCUCUAUGGAGCCCAAAAAAACUUUAACUGAGGUGGGAUGCACCAUAGAGCCGCCGCAUGUCAACAUAACAGCUGUUAGAGAAUAAAGUUUUCUAACAAAAAUAAACUUGUUAAAAUUUAAAAACAUUAAAGACACCUUAGAAAUGUCGGCCUGUACUCUCCUGGCCUAAAUGUGUUUGUUGUCUGGCCUUGGUCUGACAUCAGUUCAGCCCAGUUUGGUCCCUUUUUGGUUCCAGUUGACUCUGGUUAAGGAGCCCCUGACUCCUGAGUCAUAGUCCAGCCCAGUGUGGCCCUCUGUUGGUCCCAGGCUUGGAUGAACUCUGGUAUCUCUUACAUCUAGACUUGGUCCAACCCUCUUUUGUUCGGGCGUUGGUCCUGGAUGUAUUGGGGCUGUUCUGUCUCUUCUCUGGUUCUGGUCCUGGUUUGACUCUGAACUGAUUGACUGACUGACUUUUUUUUUUUUUUAGGCCAUAGAACCGGCUAAUCUUAGCGAUGGGAGGUUGAGAUUAGACAGAUUUAUGGCCCCUAUGAGACCUCCCAAAAUAAUCUAAGUGAGCCCUGAAGACGGAAAACUGGAAGUCAUAGCUCGAAUAAAUCCUUCUCCGUUUCUUGUCAUUCAACCUGCAUGUUUCUUUAGGUUUCUUCACUAUGUCUGUAGAAAAUAUCGAUAUGAUAAAGUAGAUCAUGUAAAGAUAAUAAUACAUAUAAUUUUUGUAUAUUUCAUGUAAAUUAUGUUAAUAUGGACAUGUGACAUGUUAUGCAAAAUUAAAUGGUUUGAUUUUUGUCAUGUAUUGUAGUUUGUUUGUUUGUAUGUUUUUUGUUAUUGAAUGCAAAAAAUGUUAAAAUACAGAAAGAUUUUGAUUAAAAUGGUUUUGAAAACGAUUGUGAGCUUAAUCUUUAACAUCUGUUAGCGUGUUAGCACAUUCUGCUGAAAUCAUAAAAAAUAUAAUUAAUAAAUCAUUUAAACCUUAUUAAUAAUCUGAAAAAUGCAAAACCUAACAAAGUAAUCUGAGUAAAGACGGGUUGACUGGGUUAUUCAUGCUCUCAGGAGCUUUUGAGAAUUUAUUUUAUAUUUAGUGUCACUUAAGUGUUUUGUUUUUUUUUUUACCCCUUUUUUUAAAAUGACUGUGAAGACUGUAAUGUUACUCAAGGAAAAAUAAACAUGACAUAUUUAUGGUUGUCACUGCCACCACUGACUUCAUCUGGAUUUAAGAUGGAUGGAUUGUACUGAAACCAUGUACUGGUUGGAUUUUGGCUGUAAUCUACCUGGAAUGUUGCUGAUUUCUGACUGGAUUCUGCUGGAAAAUAUGAAUCAGUGGACAUAACCCCAGGAAAAUAUGUACAGGAUGCAUGGUCACUUAUACAACCAGUCAAUUCAGAUGGAUUGACUGGAUUAUGGCUACAUUCUUUGAGUUUUCAUUGUAAUCUGGCAGGAUUGUGGCUGGAAUCAGACACUAACUUUGUCCUAUUUGAUCAGAAAUGUGACUAUAAAACGCCACUCAACGCAACCACUCAAUCUCAGCUCAGUCGCUGGAUUCUUGUAUGAUGUAUUCUAGAUACAAAAUUGCCUUAAUGGACUUGAUCCCAUAAAUAUAAAUAGAAGACUAAUUUAGGGUCAUUAUUAGAAUCAGUCGUGUUAGUAUUUCACCAGGCUGGAGUGUAGAUGUAUUCAGACAGCAAUUUUUUUUCUUAGUGGAGAGGAAAUGUAUGGAGCUCCAGAAAAUAAAUGCAAGAUAUUUUAAACAUAACAAUUACUGAGCUAAAAAUGGAACCAGACUAGACUUUGGUAGGAUUCCAUCUGAAUUCAAACUGGUCUCAGACUGGAUUAUGGACCUAUUCUGGUUAUUGAUUUCUGAUGCAAUCUAGCUGGAUUAUUGCUGGAUUGUACAUUGAUUUUGACUGACUUGUGGUGCAUUUGAGUUGGAUUGUAGCUGGAAUCAGCCAGCGACUUUGUCUUAGAGGAAAUGGAAUUUGCUCCUAGAAAAAUAAAGGAAAGGAUCAUUUAUGGUCAUCAUCGUUCUGGCUGCACCACAGAAGAACUUUUCCUUCACAAAUGUCAGUUGUUUUGGUGGAACUUCAUUUUAUUUUAAGGAAAUUACCUUUUUUGUAGAAGAUUUAUUUUAAUGAUAAUGUAUCUUGGACUUUAAAGAGCUGCAUUUGAGCACAAAAACAAAAUAAACGGGAUUAUCUGACAGGGCUUCAAUUUUUUUUUCAGUCAUUUGUUAGUUAGGAUUAUUUUCUGUUUCUCUCAGCAUGGUUGUGGUGGUUAAUGUUGUUACCUAGGUCUGGAUUUAACCUGUCGCCUCACAUUUUCUUGGGCUUAACUCUAUAUUUUACCACUAAGUUUUAACCCUGUGCACUGUCUCCUUGCCCGACACAGCCUGUUUGUUUGAUUUCCUUCUGACUGGCCCAUCGCAACGUGGCUCUGACAGUCAUCCACUCCAGCAGCUUAACAAAUAGGAUUAGAGCGAAGAGGAAAAAAAUCUCCGGCAGCAGCAGCAAAGUCCCAUCUGCUCACCUGAGAGGAAGCGGCCUGCAGACAGCACACACUUUAGGAUCUCUUUUGUCUUCUCUUUUUCUGUUUCUUCUGCCAUGAGAACUGGUGGAUGGAUGAGCGGGAAGUUGCUGAUGAGCUGAGAACGUGGAAAUAAGGAGCAGCGAGUCCAGGGUGGAUCUUUUGGGGAGGUGUUUUUUUUUUUUUUUUGAGAAAUGGUUGGAAAGUGUGGGAAGCUGGUGCUGUGGGUGCUUGGGGCCAUGCUGCUUUCAUGCUGCUUGUACAUGGAAACAGAUGCCACCUUUGAGCUGGAGGUGGGUUUGGAGGAGAGUGGAGAAUCUACAGGAGAGCCAAUGGCAGCCUCUGAUGAGUUGUUAUACAGACGACACAGCGCUCUAUCUCGAAGGAAGAGGGACGUCUUGUUUCCCAGCGGAGUCAAGCUUUGCUCUCAGGAGACGUUCGACCAAGCUAUUGCGAACCACCUCAGCUACUUCCAUCUCAGAGUGUGUCAGGAGACAGUUUGGGAGGCCUUUAAGAUCUUCUGGGAUCGGCUGCCUGAGCGGGAUGAGUACCAGGGCUGGGUGAGCCGCUGCAUGGAUGGCUCCAUCAGUGUCAUGGACAUAGGCAGAUUCUUCAGCCAAUCAGAGGAGCAUCGGAGUCUCAUCAGGAGUAGAGUUGCUCUGGUUGCUGCAAUGAACAUUGUGCCCAUCAGCCCUACUCCAUGCAGCUCGGAGACACCGACCACUCAGACUGGAGAUGCGGUGACCGAGAUCUCACCAGGAGAGAGUGACAUCAUCAUUGGAUCAGAGACAAUCACAAUCAAGCAAGACGAUCUUACUGUAGAUCUUGAGGUCACUUCUUGGGUUCCUCCGGUCUCUGUGACUAAAGGUCCACAUCAAGAGUCUACGGCACACAUUAACACUGAGGUUUUAAGUGUUGGGGGCCUGCUUGAGGAUUCUGUGGAGGUGGCAACAGAGGCUGAUUACGCUGUUACACAUAAGCCUUUAAAUUGGAUCGAUCAGGAAAUUGGGGAAGACAAAACUAUCCCUGAAAUAUCAGAUAAGGAGGAGGCUGUAGUUGAAGAUGACAAGAUCAUUGGGAUCAUCCCUGAAAAUGUGAUCAUAGUUGACUCUGAGGUCAUUCAGGAAGUUACCCCAAAAGGUGAGAAACCUCCAUUAGAGGUUGUGGCCCAUGAAGCACCCACAGAAGAAACUGUUUUGGUUCUUCAGAAGCCCACCACAGCAUCAGAAACUAUCACAUUGGAGGAAUUAGGGCAGAAGGUACAUCCGAAGGUGACCUCUGAGGCUCCUUCAGAAGUCAUGAUACAGCACAUCCCUAAAGCAACCACGGAAGAUGCUGUUGAGACAGAAAUUAAACAAAUUCCAGAAAAAUCUCUGGAUAUCCAUGACAAAACUUUCACUGAGGAUUUUGUAGAGAAACCCUCAGAGAAUUUACAAGAGCCAAUUGAUGAAGCAAUACCACUUCCAAUUCCUGAAGAAGCUGAAGGCAAAAUACAUGCACCUCCAGUAGAACAUCCUUCAAAGGCAGUUGUAGAGGUGAGCCAAGACGUAACCAAAGUCAUCACAGAAGCAACAGAAACUGUAUUACUGAUAACAGAUGCAGAAGAAGAAGCUGAAAUAUUCAAUAAUGUGACUCCAAAACAAGGAUCUGCCUCAAAUGUAGAAACAGAAGUCCCCUCCCAGGCCUCAAUUCUGAUGACAACACAUAAGAUGGAAGUAACAGUUGUUGAAUACACUCCAAAGGACAAACCAACACUAAUGGCUGAGGUUACUUCUAAGCCUGUUCUAAUAUUAGAACAUAACAAAGGUGAAAAAUAUAGUGUCACAGAGGAACCGCCAACAAUACAGAUAACUACAUCCAAGGAACACAGCAAAGAAGAAAUACCAGUGGUGUCAAAAGAGGAGGUAAAAGCAGAAGUCAAACAAGAAGAGGUUGUUCUGGUAGAUAGGACUAAACAAAUAACACAGACUGGUGUAGAAGGGCCAAAAGGUACAGUUGCUGAAGAAGUUGCAGUUCAAACAGUAACAGCACCAGAAGCAGCAGCAAAAGAACUACACAAAAAAGCUGAAGAGGCGACAGUUAUAAUGGAGACUACAUUAAUAACCUCAGACGAUGUUGCAACAGACAAAACAGAAGAAGAAAGAGCUGAGGUAGUUGUAGAAAUACCUUUUGAAGAGGAAAAACAUGUAACACAGAUAGAAGGGAAAAUAUCAGAAGCUACAGGAGAACCAGUUAAAGAUGAAGAUGAUACGAGUGAUGACUUUAGAGAAACUGUACAGGAGGAAGGAAGAAAGGAAGAAACUACAGAACAACCAAAACUUUUAGUGGAAACUUUACAUGAACCUGAACCUCUCAAACCUGUGGAAGAAAUUGUAGAUAUAGUAGAACCUUCAGAAAUGACUACAAAGGAUGUCAAACCCAUAGAAGAAACAACAAAGGAGACUGAGCCCACAAUAGAACCAGCAGAACAAGUAGAACUUGUAGAAGUCAUCAGAGAAGAGACUAAACCUCUGGAAGAAUUGGCACAAGAACUGGAACCUGUUAAAGAAACCACAGAAAAGACAAAACUAAUAGAAAAACCAGUGACAGAGGCCAAAUCCGUAGAAGAGAUUCAUGAGAAGUCACCACAACCCAAGAGAGAACCGACAAGAAAAACAGAACUAAGUGAAGAAAUGACAGUGAAACCUGAACUCAAAAAUGACCCAGUUCAAGAAGCAGAAGGACCAGAACUCAAAGCAGUACCCACAGAAGAACCAAGAGAAGGCGAACUCAUCAAAGAUACUACAGAAAAAACACAACCCACAACAGAACCAGCCCAAAUUGAAUCUAUAAAAGAAACUGGUGAAAAAAAUGAACCAACAAGACAAUCUAUAGAACAAUCAAAACCCAAAAUAAUAACGAAGGAUGAUAAACCUGAUUUUGUUUUAACAUCUGUCAAUAAAACUCAAGAAGCAGCUGAAGGGGAAACAUUUGAGGACAGAGAAGAAGCUGCCUCUGAGAGCUUAGAUGAGGUAAUGGAGAAAGAAGCUGGAUUUGAAGAUCCAGAAACAGAUGAAACUUCACCAGAAGUUACAGAGACCCCUUCAGAAUCUGAUGAAGAAAUCACUCCUGUGCUUGUUGUUGUUCCAGAAGACACAGAGACAUCUGCACCUGAGAUAACAGUGGAACCUCCAGGUGGAUCUGAAGUGGGAAGUGAGGAAGAAAUCUCAAAGGCUCCACUUGAAACAUCUCCAAAAGCUGUCACUGAUGCCCAACCAGGCACAAUUUCAGAGGUAGAAACCCCUAAGGGGGUCACCCCAGAGUCUCCUAAAGAGCUUCCCAGUAAGGAAGAUGGUGCCUCAGAUGAGGGCAGUAUCCCGGUAGCUUUAGAAGACCCUGAUCAAGAAUCAGCUGAGGGUGACUCCCCAACUGAAGAAGUGGAUGAAAUCUUAACAGAGACUCCACUAGAAGUGGCACCUGAGUCAGUUGAUUCCAUCACCCUAGAAACAGUUGUGGAUUUCACUGAAGAGAGAACACAAAGUACUACAGUGGGUGCCACUGAGGAGUCUACCCCUACUUCCUAUUUGGAGGUUACGACCAAGUAUGUGGUCGAAUACAAUAAUGGUAACUUUCCCGAUCUUACAGAGAGGGUUUAUGACGUAAAUGGCAACUUUUUUGGAAACAAUGGCUUCAAGUUGGAGGAUGAGGAGGAGAACUUGAUUGGCAAUGAGAUAGACACGUUACUUCUGCCCCCGAGGCCCCUGAAGGAUGAGGUGGUAGAGUUGAGCAUGAAACUGAAAGAGGAAACCUACAACGAUGCGCUGAGAGACCCAAGCAGCUUUGAGUAUCAGCAGCUGGCCAGACACUUCAAACGCAGGAUUGAAGACGCCUUUCAUAGAGUGCCGGGCUUCAAGACGGUUUACAUUGUGGAAUUCAGACCCCAGAAGGAUCUGGAGCGGGGUUUGGUGGUCCUUGUGCACUAUGCCAUCACUCUGGAGGUGGAUGGGAGUGGGAUUGCCAACGACACGUUGGAUUUCAUCUCUCUGCAGAACAACCUUGUGGAGAAGAACUACCCUGGUUCCGCUGAGCAGCCCACUGUUGUCUACACCAUCACUGACUUCCGCAACUACAUCACUGAGGCUCUGCACAAAGACAACUUCAUGACCAACAAUAGCCUGGAGACACAGGGUGACCCACUGCUGUUGGAGAAUGCAGAGAACUUGUUGCCUCCUGUGAAAUCAACAAGUCAACCAUUUGACACCUUUGACAACAUGGACAAUGUCCUCGCUGCAGAGAAGCCUCCCGAUGCACCGACGCAUGAGGCGGAUGACAAUGAUGUUUUCUCAAAGAAGGAGGACUUCCUGUUCGAUCCUUUCAGCCAGUGGAAAGCUCCACAGCUUGACAGGACAAGCGAGAAUGAUGUCUUUUUGCUUGAUGAGAGUACAGCGUCUCCACUGAACCCUGAAUUUCCACAGAAGACCUUCGAUCUGGAGACUCGAAACAGUGAUGGAAAAAUUGAAGAUGAGGGAUUCCUCUUGAGUAAUUCUCCCCCUGCCAGUGACAAAGCCAACCGAGAGAAUGAUGCUGUCAGUCCUCAAAUUUCCUCUGCAGCCAGACAACCCCCUCCUGUAAACCAGCAGACAAUACCUGGGCUCACUCAGAAUGAUGGUUCUGGCUCUGGGUCCUCUGGAGACGACCAGGAAACUGAUCUUUGGAUUUGGCAGACUUCAGUGACAUUCAGUGACAAUGAAGGUGGAAGCCUGGACAUGCUCCCACCGCCUGACCUGGAGGAGACUGAAGAGGAGGACAUUGAUUUAGGCGAGGUUGCUGUUGAACCAUUAACUACUAAGAAAUCUGUUUUGGUUGACAUGGGAGUAGAAUUUAUUUUAAAAGCAACAGCAGCUCCUGUUUUUGAAGAAGCAUCGUCAGAAGGACAUAUUGAAAAACCUUUUCUGGAUGAGGUCCUGGUGACUCCGCACAUAAGCACUGAUCCCCGAUACUCAACCACAACUCAUGCACCUGUUUUUUCUCCCAAAGAAAUUCUGGCUGUCGAGUUUUCUGUACAAACAGUGGAAGCGUCUGGCAUGUAUGAUGACUACUCCUUGACUGAGCCUCAAACCCCUGUGGGAGUAGUUACAGAUUCUCCUGAACCUGGGGCUUGGACUCAGGAGGAAGCUGUUUUUACUGGACCAUCGGAUUUAGCUAUUGGGCUUCAUAAAACCACUGAAGAGGUGGAAGUGCCUAGUGAAACAACAAUAGAGCUUUCAAUGGUUACAACUGAAUCUCAAUGUGCAGAAAAUGGACCUGAGAAUGUAGAUGUUCAAGUUACAGUUAUAUCUGGACCACCUAAAGUACCUGAUAGGGACAGCCCUGCUACCCCACACACAAUCACGGGCAGUGAUUUCAGCUUUGAUGCCAUCACUGAUGCACCACCAAUAGUUGAAGUUCUUACAGAAAAACCUGAACUGCUACUGGCAGGAAUAAAAGCCCAAGAUCAGGUUGAAAUUUUGGAAGAACAGCAUAUCGGGACAACAACAACAGCACCAGCAAAUAAAGUACAAAAUGAGGACCUGAUUGUGGAUGAGGUGAUGAUCGCCAUUACAACAACUACUACUCCAGUCCCAACUUCAUCAGUAAGGCCAGAUCACCACAGUAGCAUUGCACUCUCACCAGAGAAGGACUCGCCAUUCACUCGAGUGUCAGAUUCAGUGCCAGAUGAUGAUGAUCUGAUUCAUCAUGAGCAACUAAACCAUGAAGAGCUUACUGUAUCCUCAAUAAGCACACAGUCUCCAGAUAGGUUAGACCAUCUGGUUCACAAUGAACCAGCAGUGUUUCACCAUGAACACACAAGGUAUAAAGAUAUUACUAACACUUCAGUAAUCACACCACCUUCAGAUGCUCCUCAAUCAAAACCAGCAGUGAUUUAUCAUGAACACCAUGAAAAUCUUCCUGAAGCUCCAUCAAGCACUCCUCCUCCAUAUGGUCCUCAGUCAAAACCAGUAGUAGCUCACCAUGAGCACACAAAGCAUACAGAUCUUAAUGAAGCACCACUAAGCACAGAACCUGUAGAUGGUCCUCAGUCAAAACCAACAGUUGUUUACCAUGAACACCAUGAAGAGCUUCCUGAAGCUCCAAGAAGCACUCCAUCUUCAAGUAGUCCUCAGUCAAAACCAGCAGUGGUUCACCUUGAUUAUCGAAACCAUGAAGAUCUUCCUGAACCUCCAGUAAGCACUCCUUCUCCAGAUGGUCCUCAGUCAAAGCCGGCAGUGAUUCGUCAUCAGGACCAUGAAGAUGUUCCUGAAGCUCCAGUGAGGGCUCCGUCUUUAGAUGGUCGUCAGUCGAAACCAGCAGUGGUUUACCAUGAUUAUCGAAACCAUGAAGAUCUUCCUGAACCUCCAGUAAGCACUCCUUCUCCAGAUGGUCCUCAGUCAAAACCAGCAGUGAUUCAUUAUGAGCACCAUGAAGAUGUUCCUGAAGCUCCAGUGAGGGCUCCGCCUUCAGAUGGUCGUCAGUCGAAACCAGCAGUGGUUCACCAUGAGCAUCGAACCCAUGAAGAUCUUAAUGAAGCUUCAAAAAACACACCACUUCCAAAGGUUCCUCAGUCAAAACCAGCUGUGGUUUUCAGUGAGGACACAAGACAUGAAGAUCUUAGUGAAACCCCAGUUCACACUCUAUUUUCAGAUCCACAGUCAAAACCAGCAGUCGUUGUUCCUUCCUCUGUGCAGAAAGUUGAUGACCACGUUCCUGUGACUGAACUCCAACCUUUUGAACAUGAUGUCUCUGAUGUGCCCAGCAUCGCUGUCAGCUUUGAUGUCUUCCAGUAUGGCGGGGUGUCAAUUGAAGGGGAAAGCAGUGGCUUCUCCAGUGGAGCUCAGGCCUCUGAUUUAGAUGCCAUUGCAUUGCCAACCCGACCUGGCAGGGCAUUAACAAUUUUCUUCAGCUUGAGGGUGACCAAUAUGGUGUUCUCAAUGGACCUGUUCAACAAGAGCUCCCCGGAAUACAAGGCUCUGGAGCAGCGUUUCCUCCAGCUGCUGGUCCCAUACCUGGAGUCAAACCUGAACAACUUCCAGAACCUGGAGAUCCUUAACUUUAGAAAUGGCAGCAUUGUGGUAAACAGUAGGAUGAGGUUUGGUAAACCAGUACACAGAGGAGUCACCAAUGUUGUCUAUUUAAUCUUGGAAGACUUUGCCAACACUGCCUAUCAGACCAUGAACCUCGCAAUUGACAAGUACUCACUUGAUGUUGAGUCAGGUGACCGGGCUGAUCCCUGUAAGUUCCAGGCAUGUAACAAGUUUUCCAGGUGUAUAGUGAAUCAGUGGUCAAGUGAAGCAGAGUGUGUGUGCAACGCUGGAUAUCUGAGUGUGGAUGGCCUGCCAUGUCAGAGCAUCUGUGAGGUGCAACACGAUUUUUGCCUUAAUGAUGGAAAAUGUGACAUCAUCCCUGGCAAGGGUGCCAUCUGCAGGUGUCGUGUUGGAGAAAAUUGGUGGUAUCGUGGUGAACACUGUGAAGAGUAUGUUUCCGAGCCAUUGGUGGUGGGCAUCGCCAUUGCCUCAGUGGCUGGUUUCCUGAUGGUGGCGGCUGGGAUUAUCUUUUUCCUGGCUAGGUCGUUACAAGAGCAGUAUGAUGGGGAGGACACAGAGGACCCCUUACGGCGAGGUGACAGUUUGCCAACACUUGAACGUGCCACCAAGUUCAACCCGAUGUUUGAGAGUGACCCUGUUACUGCCCAGUACUACCGCCGCUACAAUGAUGACGUGCCCCAGUACUACCAUGAGUCUGAUCGCGGGCUCCCUCACUUCAGCAGCUCUGCCAGUGUAGGCGAUUCUAAAGACCUCAGCAGUGAAGAGAUAAAAAACAUCUAUCAAAACACCACACUCAGUAAAGAGGAGAUUCAAGAACGCCUGAGGAUAAUCGAGCUGUGCGCAAGGGAUCAACACUUUGCAGAAUUUGUGCGACAGACUCAAAUAUUCCUGGAGAGGAGAGGGAGCUCCAGCACAUAACCAUCCAGCAGCCUCUGACCAGAAACCUGCCUUCGUCUGUGUGUUGAGGAAGGGAGUAGAGAUGAAGGUGACCAAAUGUUCAACAAUCUUGGAGUUUAUUUUCUAAGAACAGUGUUUUACUUCUGAGGGACCUUGAAAUGAACUUGGGAUCCUUGAGGUUGCCUCUUCUCUUACCUUGAAACUUCAACUUUUCCUGUAUUCACUGUGUUGCUUAUUUAUUCUGUACAAAGACUUCAGUAACUGCUUUUUAACCUCUCAACAGUUUCACAGCUGCAUACCUCUGUCUUACACUUUCACCUUAGCUUAAAUUCAAGGGUUUCUGAUAAUAUCCCAACUUGCCUGUCACUGCUGUCAUAUUAAAGAAGCGCGUCUGAAGUAUAGUUUUUAAUUUUUGCACCAGUAACAUUAUUUUAAUAUAUGUCUUUUGGUAUUAAUUUCUGUUUUUCUGACGUGGUUUUUCGGACAGCUGUGACUUGCAACGCUCAUCCCCAUCAGUGCCUUUGCUGCUCUGGUAGCUUUUUCUGGGAUAUGAUGUGUAGAAUCUCAGAGCCCUUGUUUUAAAUAUAUACAUCCCCACUAUAAAACCAUGCUUGAAUCAGCAAAAUUCCUUUUUUUCCCCUUCUGCUUCAUGUUCGCCCAAUCAGUCACUUUGCAAAUGGGAAUGUUUACAUUUGUUAGUCAGUGCUUGCUGGAACAUUAACUGAUGUAUUGAACAUGCAUAGCCUGUCAUUGUGUUGUAGAUCUUUGUGAAGUUCAAGAAAGUUAUCAUUCUCCAAAAAGUUAUUCUCUUCUUCAGAGAAGGCACUGUCAUGUUCUGACAAGUCAUAAGUCACUGCAGGUACUGUCUUCUUCCAGACUAUCUAUUCUUGAGGGUAAGUAGCAGACAGGUGCUGCUAAUUAAAUGCAUUUUAGUCAGUGAUCCUUAGUGAGUGUGACCUCUUCAAAAGCAAAAGUUUGGGCAUUUUACUUGUCUUGGGCAUUCAGAUGUAUGUUAACACAAUGCCACAAUCUUUAGAGGAGUGGACAUCUCAGCAAAUCUUUUUAGAAAGAAGAAAGACUCUUCUCUCUAAAAAGAUUAUGGCAGCACAGCUUAGGUUUGGAAAGUUGCAUCUGAUCAAACAACAAGACUCCUGGAACAAUGUCCUUUGGACAGACAAGACCAAAGUGGAGAUUUUUACCCAUUAUGCACUGCAUCAUGUUUGGAGAAAACCAAUCAUAGCACCUCAGCACAAACACCUCAUACCAACCGUCAACACAGUGGUGGAAGGGUGUUGAUUUGGGCUUGUUUUGCAGACACUUGACAUGGGGACCUUGCAGUCAUUGAGGUGACCAUGAACUUGUCUGCCUGCCAAAGUAUUCUAAAGUCAAAUCAUCUGUCCAGCACUUAAGUUGGAUCAUGCAGCAAGACAAUGAUCUCAAACACAGCAAAUCUCCAACAGAAUGGCUGAAAAAGAAAAUAAUGAAGGUGUUGCAAUGAUCCAGGCAAAGUCCAUACCUCAACCUGUUUGAAAUCCUGUUGUGGGGCUUUAAGAGAGCUGUGCAAAACUCAAUGAGCUGAAGCACCAUCAAAGAAAAGGAGUGGGCCAAAUUUCUUACACAAUGAUGGGACAUGAUAAUGUCAAACAGAAACCGAUUACUUUAAGUUCCAUCCAUACAUCUUGUAGAAUCCCCCUCUAGAAGCCAGUAAAUCAUUGGGUUCACUUGGUUUUUCACAAAACUACACUUCUGUGAAAACUUUCUUCUUCUCAUGACUGUAAGUUCCUCUCCUUUUCUCAAGAAAUUAAUAUUCUUAUUAUUGUAUUUGCACAAGUUACUAUCUCAUUUCAACACAUUGUUUUCUACCAAGGUGUUAUGUUUCUGAUAAAUAUAGUACUUUUUGUUUUCUUAAGGCAGUAUCUUACUAUCUUGCUUGAACAAAUUCCUAUCGUGUUUCAAGUAACUAUUAUUGUUCUGCCAGAGUAAAACAUUAUUUUACAGGUUACAAGUUACUGUCUUAUUCAGACAGGUGACUGACUUGUUCUGAGAAGGUGUUGGUGGUCAAAUCAGGUAUUUUUUGUACUGACAAGUUAGUAGCUUUCCCCAAGAAGUUAUGGUUUUGACGAGGUAUUAUAAUAUUAUGUAAAUUACACUGAGAAAGUUUUGAAAAUUUCAUUCAUUUGCUGUUAUGUUUGCACAAGAUGUUAACUUACAUGAAAGCAAUCAUUUAUAAAAAAUUCACGACUUCCCGUUUUAUGAACCAGGUGCUAACAGAGAGACAAAUUAUUAUGACUGAUGAAAUAAAGAGAAUAGAAGUUCUCAUCUGCAAAACAGCCUCUUAAAAUCUGUCUUUGUUUUCUCUUUUUAAGUACUUGAAUUUUCUGUUUGUUGCUAUGAACUAAAUGAUUUGUACUAACUGUAGUUGAUAGUACAACCACUGAUAUUUGUUUUCAUAUAUGUUUAAGCUUGGUGUAUGUUUGUCACUUUAGAAUGCUUGAAUCCAAAACACCUGUUUCAAAAUGUCAGUCGUGACUCAAAUGGCUUCUCAACCCCAAAAUUCUUCUUUAAAGCAAAGUUGAUGGAUCAUGUUCUAUUGUUUUGCAUGCAGGUCUCGGGCUUUCUGUUUUCCUCCAUGUUUUGUUUUGUAUUGUGUUUUCUAUGUGGUAUGUAGUACAGCCAGCACAGGAGGGAAAUAUUCUGACCAAACCUGAGUGUUCUAAAUGUAAAAUGUAAAUUUCUGAUAAAAAAAAAAAUCAUCCUAUACUCCGAGUUUCUGUUUUAGUGUUUUUCCAUAAAUUUCCCACUUUUAUAUAAACUUUUACUAUAAAUAAGGAUAUUAUAUACCUUAAUAUUUUCUUUCUUUCUAUCCAAUUAUUAAAUCUGUCUGGCCACUCUGAAAGUUUCUUUAUAUUAUUUAUUUUUUCCACUGAUUUAAAAUAACCCUAACAAGCCAUAAUUUUUCACCCAAUAAUAGCGUGAAGAGAAAAAACUAUUCAGACAUGAUGUGUAAUUGUGAGCUAGCACAGUCACAUUUUUCUAAAAUAAAAGGAUUUUUUUUUUACAAAAUCAUUUGUCUCACAGGUUUUUUUUUCCUUCUAAUGAGAACGGAUGAAAUAUACCACUGUUUUCAAAAUUUCUGUGGUAAAGAAUGUAAACUGUAAAUUAAAUAUGUUAUGCUUCAACUUACACUUACUAAAUGCUGAUAAACAUCAGUGUUAACAGUGACUGACAGUCUGAUGACACAAAGUCUGGAUGUUCCAGUUGUUUUCAUUUACAAGAAGGUUUCUUGUAAUAACCCCUUGACUGCUGUCAGAUGGAGGAAUGUAACCGAGGUGAGCAAAUACAGAAGGUGUCAGUCAAACUCAUCAUCACAACAACUUACUGACAGCAGAGGUAAAGGUGAAUAAAAGCUAUAACAACAAUAA